AUGGCUCAAAAAUUCAAAAUCCUCGUCCUACCCGGUGAUAGAAUUGGCCCUGAGGUCAUGGCCAAAGCCGUCAAGGUCCUAAAAACCUUUGAGACUCCUCAGCGGAUUUUUGAACUGCGCCAGGAGUUGAUCGGAGUUUGCAGUAUUGAAGCCCAUGGCAAAUCUGUGAUCAAAGGAAUCAAGCAAGCAGUAUUGGAUUCCGAUACAGUGCUCUUCGCAGCAGUUGGAGGUCCAAAAUGGGAUAAGCAACGUCGUGGUCUUGAUGGACCCGAAGGUGGCCUCCUCCAGCUCCGCAAGGCUAUGGAUAUCUAUGCGAACUUGCGUCCAUGCUCAUCUACCUUGUCGAGUGCCUCUAUUGCCAAACAGUUCAGCCCAUUCCGACACGAUGCCAUUGAAGGUGUUGAUUUCGUUGUGGUAAGAGAGAACUGCGGAGGAGCUUAUUUUGGUCGCAAGGUCGAAGAAGAAACAUACGCGAUGGAUAAAUGGGGCUACUCAGAGGCAGAGGUUCAACGUGUCACCCGUCUAUCCGCCGAAGUCGCACUGAGACACAAUCCUCCUUGGCCUGUCAUUUCACUAGAUAGAGCAAAUCGCCGGGUAGUGGAGAAGACCAUAGCAGCUGAGUACGCUCAGUUGAAGUUGGUGCACCAGCUUGCCGAUUCUGCUUCAUUGAUUCUAGCAACGAACCCACGAUUAUUGAAUGGCGUUAUCCUGGCUGAUAACACCUUCGGCGACAUGAUCUCCGACCAAGCUGGGUCUAUUGUUGGUACCUUGGGUGUCUUGCCGAGUGCCAGCCUCAAAGGUCUUCCUGGCGACAAGACGCUGGAGACCAGACCUUAUAACAUUGGCAACCCGGUAGCCAUGAUCCUCUGUGUUGCUCUUAUGUUCCGAUACUCUCUGGGCAUGGAAGGUGAGGCUCAACGUGUGGAGGCUGCGGUGCGUAAAGUGUUGGACUCUGGCCUGCGGACGCCUGAUCUUGUGGGUAAAGCUGGAACUGAAGAAGUGGGCGACGCGAUUGUGUCUGCGUUAUGA